AUGCAAGCAUUCUUGGCAUUCUCUGCCAGCCAUCUGGCAUGGAUCUCUCCUUCUCCAGAUACGCGCAAGAUCCAGAUUCAGCAUGGCGGUAUUGCUUUACAUGGUCUUCAGGAUGCCCUCAGCUCAUUUUCCAAGUCCAACGCAGAUGCAAUUUUAGCAACUUCUAUCCUUCUAAUGACUCAAGCGAACGAUUGGCGCACAUGGUCUUCUCUGGAAACUGGCAUCCGAACAGUUGCAAGUGCGAUGGCUGGUUGGAAACACGAGUCGAUUUUCGCAGAUUUGAUCAACUUGAGCCCCUACAAGCCUUCGGAAGACCCACGUUCGCUACCUAGUAUGCAAGAACGACAUGGUAUCCUUUCGAACGUCCUAGCCUCUCUCCAGCGCCUGCAACCUGUCCUGGUCACCAGCAGUCCCGAAGCAUACUGGAUCGAGCAGCUUCUAGGUUAUAUAUCAUAUCUUCUGAACACUCCGCCUGCGCAGACAGCUGCUGAGCAGUUUGAUCAACUUUACAGCCUUCGCAAGUGGGUUCUCUUUGUUCCCUGUCUGCUCCUGGAUAAACCAAUGGUUGAUGGCCCCUCAACACUUGUAGUCGCGCAUCUGUAUGCCACGGCUCUUGCACUGGAGCCACUGUUCCCAUCUCUUGGUGCAUCGUUUUGCGCCGCGAUCAGUCUACCUCCGCUUGAAAAGAUAAUUCAAAUGACUGCCCCUAUGCAAACCGAUGGUCAAUUCGGCCAACACGCAUUAGAAAUCAGCUCUCUCAUGCACUUCCCACAACAAGCAGCAUCCACCUACCGCGCACGUUUGGCAUGGACGCAGCAACAUAUGGACCAAAUACGACUUCAGCACACGCCUCAGCAGUCUCCUUAUACCCCUGUGUUCAAUCUGGACGGUGCAAACACGCCUUUCAUGAGUUUUGGAAAUCUUAGUCCUGGUUUUGUUCCUUCGUCGAUCAACCACGUUCGCGAAGAAAGUCGCAUGUCCUCCGGCUCACUAGUGGGUUCGCCUUAUCUCGGAGUACCCACACCUACUCCGUCCUACGAGAGUAGCUAUACCGAUGGCACUAGUACUUGGGGCACCGCACAUUCACCUGCCUUCCCAGCAAACCAUUACGCAGGAGGUGUACAGGAGCAUGGAUAUGAUUCGUAUGAUUUUGAGCAACUAGAAGCACCUCAUGGAGGCUUCCGAGGCGGGUUCGUAGUUUCCCCGACCAUCUGGGCAUGA